CCAGGCGCCAGCUCUCUCAGACGGUUCACAGCCGGGCCAGCACGAGGAGGGGUCGCGCUUCUCUCUCCCUCUCACCGCUCUCCCUCCUGUCUGGCACCGUGUAAAUUUAGUCUGUGCGUAAACCAGUCCUCGCCCUUGCCUCCGCCUCCUCUCCCUGCGGCCUCUACCUCUCCCUCGCCCUCACAGCUACCAGAGUAAGAGACCCACCACCACCACCACCACCAUGCCGGGUAAGCGAAUCCCAACCAGCGAGACGACGGAGGCGCUGACGGCGGAGCUGGAGUCCAUGACGCCGACGGGGGAGCAGGCGCCGGAGAAGCAGGACCCGGAGAAGACGCAGCUCAAGAAGGAGUUGGGGUUGUUAGAAGGCGUGGCCAUCAUCCUCGGCAUCAUUGUGGGCUCAGGCAUCUUCAUCUCGCCCAAGGGAGUGCUGAAGGAGACGGGCAGCGUGGGCAUGUCGCUGGUGGUGUGGGUGAUGUGCGGCCUCAUGUCCAUGGUGGGCGCGCUGUGCUACGCCGAGCUGGGCACUUCCAUACCUAAGAGCGGUGGGGACUACGCCUAUAUCAACACCGCCUUCGGGUCGCUGCCUUCCUUCCUCUUCCUGUGGGCCGCCAACCUUAUCUUCGUGCCCACCACCAACGCCAUCAUGUCCCUCGCCUUCGCCAAAUACGUAAUCCAGCCUUUCUUCCCGAGUUGCGAUAUGCCAGACUCAGCCAUCCGUCUCAUCGCUGCGCUGGCCAUAUGCUUCCUCACGGCCCUGAACUGCUGGAACGUGCGGGUCACCACCAAGCUGCAGGACUUCUUCAUGGUCACCAAAAUCGGGGCGCUGCUCUUGGUCAUUCUGGCGGGACUCAUCUACUUGAUCAUGGGCAACACCGAGAACUUCCACAACUCCUUCCAAGGGACCAGUACUGAGCCGGGGCAGAUCGCUGUUUCCUUCUACUCCGGCAUCUUCUCCUACGCUGGCUGGAACUACCUCAACUUCAUGACGGAGGAGCUCAAGAACCCCUUCGUCAACCUGCCGCGGGCCAUCUACAUCUCCCUGCCGCUGGUCACGCUUGUCUACGUGCUGGCCAACAUCGCUUACCUGGCCGUGCUCACACCUGUCGACAUGCUGGCCUCGGACGCAAUUGCUGUGACCUUCGCCGACCGCCUCAUGAGCCACGGCAGCUGGGUCAUGCCGCUGCUGGUCGCCCUCUCUGCCUUCGGAGGACUGUCGGUGCACAUCAUGACCUCCUCCAGGUUGUGUUUCGUGGGCGCAAGACAAGGACACUUCCCAGACAGCCUCGCCCUCAUCAGCUGUCGAUGCAACACUCCGAUGUCUUCGCUUAUCUUCCUGGGCCUGUUGUCGCUGGUGUACCUCAGCACGACGGAUAUCUACCGCCUCAUCGACUACGCCAGCUUUGUGGAGAGCAUGUUCAUCCUCUGCAGCAUUGCCGGCCUCCUCUACAUGCGCUGGAAAUAUCCCGACAUGGAGCGGCCCAUCAAAGUCCACCUCGCCGUUCCCAUCGCCUUCCUGCUGGUGUGCGGGUUCCUGGUGUUCCUGCCGCUCUAUGUCCGGCCCUACGAGGUUGGCAUGGGGCUGCUCAUCACCGGCUCUGGCAUCCCCGCUUACUUCCUCUUCAUCUAUUGGGAGAACAAGCCACGACUGAUCAGGAGAUGGCUGGACAAGCUUACGGUCGGGACGCAGCUGCUCUUCAUGUCGGUGAAAACGGAGUGAGGAGGAGAAAAAGAAAAGAUCGGACCACCAUGAUAUAAUACCAGGAUGACAGCUGCCAAUAUGAGUGUGUGUGUGUGUGUGUGUGUGUGUGUGUGUGUGUGUGUGUGUCCCUCAUAUCAACGCGUGGCCUUCACCUGCCUCUCAUGCCCUUGGUUCUGGCUCUCCCUGUGCAUCCCGGCAGUGACAGAAAGGAAGGUCGUUCUCGCUGGAAGGUUUCGCCGCUUAAGAUGUUCCAAACUUUUCCUUCUUGGUCCCUGAGUUGUAAGCUUCUGCCGCCGCCGCCGCCGCCCCACGUGACGUUCAUGCCUUUGCUCAAGCCGUGUGUGUGUGUGUGUGUGUGUGAGAGAGAGAGAGAGAGUGAGUCAGGUGGUUGGUGGGCCGCAGCGAGUGGUUGUCAUGGCUUGUGUUGAUGCCCGUGCCAGCAGCAGCGGUGGGCAGCACAGCACCGGGGCGGCAGCACUCAGCGUGUCCCCAGUACUCUGGCUUCUGUCUAGACGAGGAAUCUGUGAUAUUUCAGGAUGGGAAAUGUCAAAGAAAUUAAUUUUUAUUAUUAUUCUUGUUUUGAGUGUCAGUUCAAGAUAUUUUAAGUUUGUACAUAGAGUCUUACAAGUCUACUUAAAAUAGAAGCUGAGAGCUUAAUGAAAAAGGUUGAAAUUGGUGAAUUUACUAUAAAUUAUAUGUGAUGAAUCCCGGUGAUGGUGUUGUCGUACAGUGGCUCCGGCAGUUCAGUGUUUAGUUACAGCCUGCCACGGGAGCCUGAAGUCCCGUUCACACUGUGCCGACUCUGGGCCACGACUACCCACGACUCUAGGGUACACGAGGUCUUGGGUGUUGAUGUGAAAGGGUCGGGCAUGUCUUGAAAGAGAUCUUGAGACUGUUGCCGAAUGUUGCGCUGACGUUGUGACGGGAGUCUGGAGUCGUGAGGGUUAGCACGACCAGCUGGCAACUAGUUGACCGAAUGUCCCAAACAGUCGGCAAGACACCAAGACCCCAAUAAAACCUCCCCCCCCUUCUUGGAGCGUGGGAACCAACAACUUGUCAAAUGGAAGAGUCGCUGGGUUGUCGUGGCCCAGAGUCAGCACAGUGUGAACGGGGCUUAAGGGUGAGGGAGGCGGCAGGAAACAAUCAUAGCCUCUGGUGCCUCAGCCUGGUGGUGGCAGCCCUGGGUGAGGAGGGACAUGUGCAGUGAUGCCAAAUUAUCGUACUCAGCGCAUUGCAUUGUCGAAGUUUCUGGUCGAUAACUAUUGCAAAAAAUACGAAAACCAUCAGUAUUUAGCAGUUUCAACGAUGACUUUAAUUUCCUAUCGUUGUUUGUGUGGUUACGACAGUCUUGGCGCCUAAAAAACAACAAUGUUCAGAGUACGACAGUUUGACAACGCUGGACAUGUGACAGGCUGUGGUGUGUCAGGAGAGGUCACAAAGGUGGCUGUUCAUGUAUAUCUUGCUACAGUGAACCAGCCAUGUGUGUGGAGCCUUGAGUGUGUGUCUGCCUGGGCUCGGGUGUCUCUAGUGUGCAUCACCAACCCGCCGCCCUGAGAGAGGACUGCAGGUGGAGGCAGCUUGGUGUGAGGUGGUGGCCGGGUGGUGAUCCAACAUGUCUUCCUUGUACUGGGCCUUAGAGGGUCAGUGGCUGCCCGGGUCACUGCCCACCACCUGCCCUGCUGGUGACAUACUUGGUGGUGGCAGAGGAGGGGCUGGUGACAAUGAAAACAGCAGCAUAGAGAAAAAGAUGAAGAAAACGGAGAAGAAGAAAAAGAAGAUGCAGAUGGAGAAGAAGAACAAGGAAAAAAGAAAAAGAAGAAGAUGCAGAUGGAGAAGAAGAAGGAAAGAAGAAGACACAGUAGAAGAAGAGGAAGAAGGUGAAAAAAAGGAGAAAACAAAGAAGCAGAAGUAGAAAAAGAAGAAAAGUUGCCUCCUCCCGAAACUGACCUCUCUUUUGGCCACUUCCCUUGACACAUUUCAUAGAAGGAGCAAUGUCUGGGCUUUUUUUCAUCAUUGUUUCCUAUUUGUUUUUGCCCUUGCGCCGUUUCCUUUGCUGUAAAAAAAAAAGAUAUUUGAACCAGACUUUUGCUUCUCGAGGGAUAUUUUUUAAAGGGCCUCGCAGCUUUCAUUUGGGGUUGUUGUUUUGGUUUAAUUAUACAGAUCCUGAGCCCAAGGGAGUAUAUUUUCAAAGGCUAGCUCUUUUGUCACCCCUCUCAGCCCUCAGCCUUCAGCCACUCAAGGGAUCCGAAGGUGUGCUGGAAGUGUUGUCAUGCUGCCCAGACCCCUACAGGACCAGUGUGCAUGUGUGUGUGUGUGUGUGUGUGUGUGUGUGUGUGUGUGUGUGUGUGUGUGUGUGUGUGUGUGGUGUUUAUAUUAAUUUGUGUAUAUUUUUACGGUUCUUCUUCUCUCGCACGAGUUCACGACGGCGGUAUUUGUGGUCUGAACGGCAGUCGCUCAAGGCUCAGGUGCAGUCAUUAUUGUUAUCAUUAAUGUCAUUCUUCUGAUAUUUCUCUUCUUAAUUUUUUCUUCUUUUUUUCCUUCUUCCAUCGGUGUCAUUCUUCCUAUGCUUCUCCUUUUAUCUUUCCCCAUCUUUUUCUUCUUUUUUCUUCUACUUCUUCAUUUUUUUCCUAUUUUUCACCUCCAUUUUCUUCUACUUCUCCUUUUCUCAUUCCCUAUCUUUUUCUUCUUUUUCUUCUUCAUUUUUUUCCCAUUUUUCAUCUCCUUUUUCUUCUCCUACUUCUUCAUCACCUACAUCUUUCCUUCUUCUACUUCUCCAUCUGCAUCUCCUUCCUCUUUUCCUCCUUCUUCAUCUGCAUCAUCAUCAUCUCCUCCACCUCCCCCUCCUUUCUCUCCAUCAUAACCAUUAUACAUAACAACUAUUACAAAUCAGUUAUACCACAUUUUCUAGCAAGGCCAUAUCACGCGCUCCAUAUAGCCUGCACAGGUGAGGCACAGCGGACCCAAAUGAAGCGAAGGUAUUUCUAGCUAAUGAAGGACAGGUUGGGUGACUCGCUAGGGUAGGAGAGUGUGUGUAGGCGCUGCUCAGAGUCUAUUAUUCAUUGAUCUAUUCUUCUAUCAUGUUUUCUUUGGGGUCGGCCGGUGAGGUGAUGGCAGUGGCUGGUGUGAUAGUGAUGUAUGGUAAUUGUUAUAUAACGCGUUUUUAAAUAAAAUAAUAAAUGCUCGUUUUUA